CAAUAUUUUAAUCAUGAAUCAGAAAGUUGAACUGUGGAGGAUACCGUUGUGUUGCAACGGAUGCCAAUGCAAUUCGAAAUGCCAGUUUUAUUUUCAACCGAUCCUCUUUGAAGUGUUCACGGAGCGUUUCAUCAAAAGCUUCCACGAGGAAAAAGAUCCCUACUCGCGGGUAGGGUGUUGAAAACAGCGAGAAAAGAGAGUAUGACUGCAUCAUUCCCUUCUGCAUAUUGCACAUGGUUUUGUUAAGCUUAAGAUUACAUACAAUAUAUAGUUUUUGAAGACUUCCAGAAGAGGUGUAGGAUCAAUAAAAAUGAUGUUCAGAACGGGAAAAUCGAAUAGGUAUCUGACACUAUGUCUUUUAGUGUUGAUGGUUCUUGUGGCCUCAUUGAACAACGUCGUUGUUGCCGAGGAAGCUGUGGAGACCGACACAUCAGCUGAAGACGCAGCCGCUGCUGCAAAGGCUGCUGAGGAAGCUGCCGCAGCCAAGGCCGCCGAGGAAGCCGCCGCAGCCAAGGCCGCUGAGGAAGCUGCCGCAGCCAAGGCCGCCGAGGAGGCCGCUGCAGCCAAAGCAGCCGCUGAAGCUGCUGCCGCAGCCAAGGCUGCAGAGGAAGCCGCUGCAGCCAAAGCAGCUGCUGAAGCUGCCGCGGCAGCCAAAGCCGCCGAGGAAGCCGCUGCAGCAAAAGCAGCCGCAGAAGCUGCAGCCGCAGCAAAGGCCGCCGAGGAAGCCGCUGCAGCAAAAGCAGCAGCUGAAGCUGCCGCCGCAGCAAAGGCUGCAGAAGAGGAAGCCGCCGCUGCUGCCGCCGCCGCUGAAGCUGAAGCUAACAAAUUGGGUAAGGCUAUUUCAUCCCUUACGUCGAAGAUCUCCGAUGUCACAGAUUGCGUCGUUAGCAAAUCGAAAUCACUUGUUGACAGUGCAAAGUCGAUGACAAACAAACAAAAGAAACAAGCCGUUGCCUUUGUUGCGGCGGCCGGAUUUGGAACUGCAUUUGUUGCGGGCAAGGCCAAAUAAGAGUUGUCAGCAAAUCUAUGCCGGGAAGUUUGCUACGUCUUGUAGCAGGUGUUCCUUUGAUGUUCCUUAUAGUUAAUAGUAAAUAAUAGAUACAGUACUUUACA